AUGGCCUCAAGUAUCGGUAGGAAUGGUGUUCAGGUAUAUAGUUCUGACCUGGUCUCGCUACAUCAUCAUAGCCACCACUACCAUCAGCAGCAGCCUGUAAAGAAUACAUAUAAGGAAGGCACGAAAAAAGAUGGGACUGUGGAUUCCUAUUGGUCCAGGCCUGAAUCUCGAAUCUGGACUGUGAUGUUACUGCUUGGGACUUGUUUACUCUACUGUGCCAGGGUGACCAUGCCUAUCUGUGCUGUGGCCAUGAGCAGUCACUUCGACUGGGACAAGAAACAGUCCGGCAUUGUUCUGAGCAGCUUCUUCUGGGGCUACUGCUUAACUCAGAUCAUCGGAGGGCACCUCAGCGAUCGGAUCGGAGGAGAAAAAGUCCUCCUCCUCUCUGCAUCUGCCUGGGGUUUCAUCACCGCCAUCACUCCGCUGCUCACCUAUAUCAGCUCUGCCCACCUGAUUUUCAUGACAAUAGCUCGAUUCCUCAUGGGACUACUGCAAGGAGUGUACUUCCCUGCUUUGGCCAGCCUCUUUUCUCAGAAGGUCCGUGAGAGUGAGCGAGCUUUCACGUGCAGCACAGUAGGGACUGGCUCUCAGUUUGGGACGCUGGUGAUUGGUGGGGCAGGGUCCCUCCUUCUGGACUGGUAUGGCUGGGAAAAUGUCUUCUAUUUCUCUGGAUUACUCACUUUGCUCUGGGUUUACUGCAUGUGCAAAUACCUCCUGAAUGAAAAAGAACUCAUCAUUCGCUUAGAACAUUUAGCAAAGGGCCUCUCGUUAUCCAAACAGACCAAAGUUCCCUGGAAGCAGUUAUUUAAAAAGGCCCCUAUCUGGGCUGUCAUAGUAGCUCAGCUUUCUACGGGCAGCACGUUUUUCACCCUCCUCUCCUGGUUGCCAACUUUCUUUAAGGACACUUUUCCCGAGUCUAAGGGCUGGGUGUAUAACGUAGUGCCAUGGCUGGUUGCAAUCCCAACAAGUUUGUUUAGCGGAUUCCUGUCUGAUCACCUGAUCAAUCAGGGCUAUAAAACGAUCACCGUUCGUAAGUUCAUGCAGGUCAUCGGAUCAGGCGUAUCAAGCAUUUUUGCCUUGUGCAUGGGUCAGACAUCCAGUUUUUGCAAAGCUAUAGUAUUUGCAUCUGUCUCAAUUGGACUUCAGACCUUUAACCACAGUGGCAUUUCAGUCAACGUACAGGAUCUGGCUCCAUCGUGUGCUGGCUUGUUGUUUGGCAUUGGAAAUACAGGUGGAGCCCUAUUAGGUGUCGUUUGUGUGUAUUUAGCCGGUCUUCUGAUUGAAACCACUGGUUCUUGGGUUUCUGUUUUCAACCUUGUGGCUACAGUUAAUGCCCUGGGGCUCUGUACAUUCUUGAUCUUUGGAGGGGCCCAAAGGAUGGACACAGACUCUGCAUACAUAGAUCUAUAG